GCUCGAGCCUAUAAUUUUUCUCCCGCGCGUCUGGUUCCUUGCGCAUAGAACACACCGGCAGCACGAGACGCGGCUCUCCCGGUCAAAGUUAAUGCAAAGCCUCCGUUUUUUACGAUAAAACGGUCGCCGAUCCAAAGUUAUUUCGAGAUAUGUAAGGAUUGUCCGGGUUUUUUCUGCGUCUACGGCGCGAAACAGGCAUCCCCACGCACGGUGUGGCAGCAGCAUGGCGGGAAACAACGACAGCCUCGCGGAGUUCCUCCAGUGUCUCGCGCGGAGGAACGUCUCCCUGAGCCCGGAAACGCCGAACGGCACCGCGAACGCCACUUGUGGCAACGUUACCGCCCUCACAAGACCCCCGUCCGGUCGCCAAAAAGAAAUGGACUCGUUCCGUAUCCUGCUCUACGCGCUCAUCUUCAUCCUAAGCGUUGCGGGCAACCUCCUUAUCAUCGUCGUCUUGGUGAUGAACAAGCGCAUGCGCACGGUGACAAACUGCUUCCUGCUGUCGCUCGCGCUCAGUGACCUGAUGAUGGCGCUCUUCUGUAUGCCCUUCACGCUCAUCCCCAACAUCAUGGAGGACUUCAUCUUCGGCGCUGCCAUGUGUAAGAUCGUGGCCUACUUCAUGGGUAUCUCGGUCUCCAUCUCCACCUUCAGCCUGGUGGCCAUUGCCAUCGAGCGCUACAGCGCUAUCUGUAACCCCCUCCAGUCGCGGGCGUGGCAGACACGCUCGCACGCCUACCGGGUCAUCGCGGCCACCUGGGUACUGUCUCUGGCCGUCAUGCUGCCCUACCCAGUGUUCAGCGGGCUGCGCGCUUUCCCCAAGACGGACGGCUCGGUAGGACACAUGUGUAGACUGCACUGGCCCAGCGGGGAGGCCGAGCAGACCUGGUACGUUCUGCUGCUGCUGACGCUGUUCUUCGUUCCGGGCGUGGUCAUGAUUACCGCCUACGGCCUCAUCUCCAGAGAGCUGUAUCGAGGCAUCCAGUUUGAGGUCAACAACAACCCAGACACCAUAGCCCUGACGAAAAACGGCAGAACCAGUAACCAUGACGACAACGACGGCUGCUACAUCCAGGUGCACCCCAAGAAGGUGGGCCUUGCCCCAGGCUUCGCCCCCUCCCCCACCACCCCCACCCCCACCCCCCCCUCCUGUACCGCCCCCUCCACCCUCAACUCCCACGCCCUCCGUCGCGAACAAGCCCGCGCCAACGCCUCCGAAUCCAAAUGGCGGGCAAAAAAGCGCGUGAUCCGCAUGCUGAUGGUCAUCGUGGCGCUCUUCUUCCUCUGCUGGAUGCCGCUGUACUCUGCCAACACCUGGAAGGCCUUCGACCUGGGCUCCGCCCACCGGGCGCUGUCCGGCGCGCCCAUCUCGUUCAUCCACCUGCUGUCGUAUUCGUCGGCGUGCGUGAACCCGCUGAUCUACUGCUUCAUGAACACGCGGUUCCGCGGCGCCUUGCUGGCCACCUGUGGGUGCUGUUGUCCCGGUUACGUGCGGAAGGCAGAUCCCGAUUGA